CUCCUUCUCUACCGGUACUGAAAACACGACCCUCAUCAUGCUUCACCUCGACUUGAUAAACACUCUCAAAGACCUCUUUGGGCGAUUCGACCAUGUCAGACCAUGUAAGUUCAUCUUAAUACAAGCAGAUAGUGUACGUCUAAUGACUCAACUUCUUCAAAUAGCCCAUGCCAGAGGCGUCUUUGUGUCUGGUUCCUUCAUCCCGACAAACGAAGCCAAGCAACUGUCCACCGCUCCUCACUUCGACGCUCCCUCGACGCCAGUCCUAGCCAGAUUCUCCCUCUUUACCGGAAUCCCAGACUUGCCAUCAAACACUCCCCAAGCAACUCCCCACGGCUUUGCUGUACGAUUUUUGAUAGGAGAGGACACGAAAACAGACAUCAUCUGUCAAUCUUCAAUCUUCUUCCCUGGAGCUACAGGGGAAGAAGUCCUCGCGGUCUUCCGAAGCUUCAAGGACAAUACUGCGGAGGAAUAUGCCAAAGAUCAUCCAGCUGCCGCUAGUUUCAUACAUGAAGACCGACAAGUUCCGAAAAACUUUGGUACAGAGUCCUUCUACUCUAUCAACGCGUUCAAGUUUGUGAAUGCUUCUGGCGAGAGUGCUGUUAUCCGAUAUCGCUGGAUUCCGCUGUCCGGGAAACAUUACUUGACGCAGAGCGAGUUGGAGGCAAAAGGGCCGAAUUUUCUCUUUGAUGAGCUACCUGGUGUUUUUGCCCAGGGGCCAAUUAGUUUCAAGCUGGUAGCUCAGGUGGCUGGGGAUGGUGACGUUACGAAUGACUGCACCAAGAUUUGGCCCGAAGAUCGUAAGCUUGUUGAACUUGGCACACUCACCUUGAAUAAAGUUGUCGGUGAGGAAGAAUUGCCUCCUCAAAAGGAGACUAUUGUUUACAACGUCUUUCCUGGAGUUCAAGGCGUCGAACCUUCGGAUGAUCCGAUAAUAGCCGCUCGUGCUCAGGUGUAUCAAACCAGUGGCCAGACUCGCCGAGACGCUAAAGUUUAAUAAUUUAUUGUUAAUUACAUGCUUAG